AUGACUCAUCUGAGAAUUCAGCAAAAAGAAAAGAAGGUUUUAAAGAAUGCUCUCAAGGCAAUCAAAGAAUUUCCUUUUACCACGUUGUUGAACAGAAAGCAAUUCAAUUCUUUACGAGAACAAGUCCUUAUAUCUAUUAACAGUGAUCAAACCCUAAUAUUUGAAAGGAAUCUGCAAAAGAUUCAACCGCAUAAGAAGACAACUUUAAACUUUGUCAGUACCAUUAGAUCAAGGAUAAAAGAUAGUACUUUUUGCCGUUUCAAAAAAUCGGUUCAAAUUGACGUUCAAGCAUUUUGGAGACUAGCGAAAGAAUCUGGAAUUGAAGACUAUCCUAAAGGCUCCAAGAACGAGGAAAUGUCUAAUUUUUAUUACAAGCUUUUCGGUUUCUCUAUAAUUGGUUUUCGAACCAGAGAGAGUCUUUCUAAUGACAGAAAAGUAUUCAAAAACGUUGUAUAUUCUGAUGGCUAUUCAAUAUCAUUUCUAUCCUCGAGCCACAAAGAAAAGCAAUUCAAAUGCCACCCAAAAAAAAGCCUUCGGAUUUUCGGAAUCAAAUCGAAGAUGGAUGUCAAGUCUGGGCCUUGGACUAUGGGACAGUAG